AGUCCGUCGCGUGGGGGAGGGGGUGUCUUCCGGUCGGUCUGUGCUGGUGGCUGGGUUUGUUGAAGGACAUCAGCUGCGGAAUUUGUGAGUUGGGCGAAGAUUGAAGUCAUGGCUGGUCCUGAAAGUGAUGCCCAGUUCCAGUUCACUGGUAUUAGAAAAUAUUUCAACUCUUAUACUCUCACAGGUAGAAUGAAUUGUGUUCUGGCCACAUAUGGAGGCAUUGCUUUGUUGGUCCUAUACUUCAAGUUAAGGCCUAAAAAAACUCCAGCUGUGAAAGCAUCAUAACUGGCUUAAAUGCUUUCCCAGACGAUUAUGGAACACCUAGCUUUGGUCUUUCGAUGUCUGACCUCAUCUGCUAAGUUCCAUGCCUGAAGAAGCUGAUGUCAACUCAUCAUGUGAUACUCAAUUUGUACAAUAAAUUAUGAACCUGGAAAAG